GCGACGGGGUCACNNCUUCGCGCGCUCGACAUCCACCCAGUAUUGACAGUCAGCUGGGAAACAGACAUCGAAUGCAUCAAUGUCCUCGACGAACAUUUCCAACCAAUACAGAUGGGAGACGUCAACGACUUUGACAUCGAAAAGCUGAUCGACACCUUGCUGGACCACCUCGACCCCAACGUUCCGAUUACCGUCUUGAUCACAGGCGGACCACCUUGCCCAGAUUUUUCCGGUAUUCGAGCAAACCCGUCUGGCACAGCAGGAGCAACAGGCCACCUCUUCCAGAAGUUUGUGCACAUCGUACAACAAAUUAAGCAAGUGCUGCAGCAGAUACCCAUUUACAUCCUCAUCGAGAACGUUGUGCCACAUACGAACGUUCAACAGGACAUCCUAGAGUUAUCGGGGCAACUCAGCAUUAACCCCAUCAUCGUGGAUGCAGAGGAUGGGGGCGUCAUACAUCGCAAACGACUAUGGUGGCUGUCAGCGGAGUGGGACAAAGUCAGACUACAGUUGGUGGCCAACACUCCGUGGGAUCUCCAAUGGACACAGACGGACACACCGUGGCCCCGCCUUUACAACCCUAUCGCGAAAACCCUACAACCACCACUCGACACGAAGCACUUCGCAGCACCCACGAUAUUACAAAAAGGUGGCCUGUUCCACUGCCUGACCACACCAGCACCGGACGAAAAUGGCAGACCAGCACCUCAGCAUUCCAACGAGAAACCGGACACGAUACAGAGGUGGCAGGCAGACCACCGUCGGUUCGCACCGUGGCAAUACGAAAAAAAGUACCUCGUGUCCGACGCAGACGGACACGAACACCUAGCACCAGCCAAGAUGAGGGAACAGAUGAUGGGUUUCGAUGGACAACACACAGCCAACAUGACACCAGACGAGACAGAGUACCAUCGGAACAAAGCAUUAGAACAAGUGGUACUCGAGAUUCGCCAAUUGGUCGAGGACAUGCGAGAGGACUGGCGCCGUAGCGGGCACAACGCAACGUGCAUCAUGCACGACCAGCCGUACCAUCACACACCAGACCACUUCGCAGCACUGGCCAUCAGAUCACACCAAUACAACCCCGACCAUCUCCUACACGUGUGGGGACACGAUCACGAUGGAGCCUACAGACAGCUCCCCCUUGACCACCCGGAACAAGCAUAUGUCCUGCUCCACACACCAGAAGGACCCACCCUCUGGAGCCACAACGUCCUCCUCUUCGGAUCCUCAGCCAGCGUCUGGGGACACAACAGAUUCGGCGAUGCCAUGGUGUCAGUUUCGAGGCUGAUCCUCCUUUGCCCAACAAUGCACUACGUCGACGAUUAUGGUAGCACCGAAGCUUCACACCAUGCAGAUUCGGGCUUCAGAUCAUUCGAAGACUUCAACGGGGCUCUGGGCUACAACAUGAAGACCAGCAAGAGACAACCACCAGCAAUCAGCCAUAAGAUCCAAGGCGUAAUCAUUAGCACG